AUGACCUCUUUGCCCUGUUCCCUCCCUGGUCGGGAAGGCUCUAAAGCUGUCUUCCCGGACCUCGCCCCCGUCCCGUCGGUAGUGGCCACCUACCCGCUUGGUCUGUCCCCCGCAACCGCAACCUCCCCCGAUUUGUCCUACUCCGGACCGCAUGGCCACCUCCUACCCUACCCGUACACCGGGCCGGCGACCCCCGGAGACUCCUACCUGCCUUGCCAGCAAUCCGCGGCUCACUCUCAGCCCCUCUGCGGCCCAACCGAGUCCCCGCAGGAACUGGAGGCGGACUCGGAGAAGCCGCCGCUGUCCCCGGAGCCCUCGGAGCGGCGACCGCAGGCCCCGACCAAGAAGCUACGCAAGCCGAGGACCAUCUACUCGAGCCUGCAGCUGCAGCACCUAAACCAGAGGUUCCAGCACACGCAGUACCUGGCGCUGCCCGAGAGGGCCCAGCUGGCAGCGCAGCUCGGCCUCACCCAGACCCAGGUAAAGAUCUGGUUUCAGAACAAACGCUCCAAAUACAAGAAGCUUCUGAAGCAGAACUCUGGGGGUCAGGAAGGAGACUUCACUGGGAGACCCUCUUCCCUGUGUCCCUGCUCCCCACCCCUUCCAUCCCUCUGGGAUCUGCCCAAGGCAGAAACCCUGCCGACUGGUGGCUACGGCAACAGCUUUGGAGCCUGGUAUCAGCAUCACUCCCCAGAUGUCUUGGCUCCACCUCAGAUGAUGUGA